CGUCGUCCUCCAGAUCAUGUCCGCAGCUCCCUGGACUCCGCACGGAAAAAGAAGUUUGUCAGGCGUGGACCCAAUGACCUUUCCAAGCUGUGUGCCUCACUCUCUGGACCAGGUCUGAGUGGUGCUCCCCAGGCGGACCUUUCUGCUAGAGGGUUUUCUCUGCGUGCUGUGCUGUUGUCCUUCUGGGUUUUCACCGGAGCCCCACGCCCGCCGCCUCUGAAUCCUGGAAAAGAGAGGUGGCUACCUCCGGCCCCCAACACCCCGGAAAAUGGGGAGCAAGGCCCUGCCGGCGCCCAUCCCGCUCCACCCAUCGCUGCAGCUCACCAAUUACUCCUUCCUGCAGGCCGUGAACACCUUCCCCGCUGCGGUGGACCACCUGCAGGGCCUGUACGGUCUCAGCGCCGUGCAGACCAUGCACAUGAACCACUGGACCCUGGGGUACCCUAACAUGCACGAGAUCACCCGCUCCACCAUCACCGAGAUGGCGGCGGCGCAGGGCCUCGUGGACGCGCGCUUCCCCUUCCCGGCUCUGCCCUUUACCACCCACCUCUUCCACCCCAAGCAGGGAGCCAUUGCCCAUGUCCUCCCAGCUCUGCACAAAGACCGCCCUCGGUUUGACUUCGCCAACUUGGCUGUGGCCGCUACGCAAGAGGACCCCCCUAAGAUAGGAGACCUGACCAAGCUGAGCCCGGGGCUGGGUGGCCCCAUCUCGGGCCUCAGUAAAUUGACUCCGGACAGAAAGCCCUCCCGAGGGAGGUUGCCCUCCAAAACGAAAAAAGAGUUUAUCUGCAAGUUUUGCGGCAGACACUUUACCAAAUCCUACAAUUUGCUCAUCCACGAGAGGACCCACACGGAUGAGAGGCCAUACACGUGUGACAUAUGCCAUAAGGCUUUCCGGAGGCAAGAUCAUUUGCGGGAUCACAGGUAUAUCCAUUCCAAAGAAAAACCCUUCAAAUGUCAGGAGUGUGGGAAAGGAUUUUGUCAGUCUAGAACUCUAGCAGUUCACAAAACUUUACAUAUGCAGGAAUCUCCACACAAAUGUCCCACAUGUGGAAGAACCUUUAAUCAGAGAAGUAAUCUGAAAACUCACCUUCUCACCCAUACAGACAUCAAGCCCUACAGCUGCGAGCAGUGCGGCAAAGUGUUCAGGCGAAACUGUGAUCUGCGGCGGCACAGCCUGACUCACACCCCGCGGCAGGACUUCUAGAGAAGCCCCGGAUCUGUCCCGGGCCGCCGCCGCCGCCGCCGCCGCCGCUCCCCUCCCCAGACACCUCUCCUCCUCGCCUCCCACCCCCAACCCUUCACUGACCCCAGCUCUUCCCUGGCUGCAGCCACACCUGCAGCUCCGGGGGCUUAACUCAUCUUCCCGAGGACUGAGAACUCUAGGAAGCCACACAAGUACAUCCUUUCACAAAGAACAUAUGCUAGUUUCUUGUAGAUAUUCACAGCUCAUUUUAGAGCUCUGUACAUAAUGUCGUGGGUCUCUGUUUCGUUCUGUUUCGUCCGUUUUUUGUAUCUUGUCGGAUGCACCUAGAUAUGGAAAAUGGAAGCCAAAUUUUUCUUCGAAGACUGUAUUUUCAAAAUAAAACGUUUUCUUGUUUGUUUCAA